UGUGGCUGCCGGUGCUGUGGUUAAUUAAUUAAUAUUCUCUUUGAAACAUAAAUUACAAAGUUAUUAAGAUACCUAAUUCAAAAUUUGUGAAAUGUCGCCUUAAUAUGUCGUCAGUUGGUUAAGUUACUGAAGGAAAUUCAGAAUGGAAUUUUUGCUGUUUGCUUUGGUACUAGAAGUGGCAUUGCUGCAAUUUAAAAUUCUUGAGGGCACCACUGAGUUGAGACGAAAGCGAAAACCAGUCAGCAAGAGCGAAAAAGCUCAACUCGACAAGCUUACGAGGGACCGGUCUCUUAUAAAAGACGUGAUCAGAAGAACCUUGAUCGAAACGGCCGAGACAGGCGAAUGGCUUUCUUUGCAAAAAACUGUGGAGGCCCUGCAAGAAAAAAGUUCUUUAACGACCACGCUGAGAUUAAGACACACACAACUGAAAUCAACUCUACAAGAUACAUCUGCUGAAUGUUUACGCAACAGGAAUCAACGGGCGCAAGAUCUUCAAAAUGCUGAUAAGAAAAUUGCUUUUUUGCGAGAUAAGAUGAAGGACGAUCUCCAGAAUGCGAAAGCUCGUCUCUGCUAUGCCGAAAAAUGGAUUUUAGCCCGCGCUGAGUCCCAGGACAUGCAGUUUCAAAAUCAGUUACAACGCUCGCCAAUGCCGCGCACUGACUUCGAACAAAGGGUCCAUGAUGAGUUGGUUAAGGCAUACCAACUGCAAACAAAGGAGCGUGAAACUUCACACGAAUACUGGAAGGUGCGUUAUGUGAAAGACACCGCGGACAUCAACUGUCGGCUGAUGGCUAAGUGCGAGCAGCUUCGGGUGACCAUCGCGCGCAGGGAAGAACUGCAAAAAUUGUAUGAUCUUCAUGAAGGUGAAAUGCGAGCUUGGUUGACAUUUAAAAAGGAGAGAGCGGCUCGGCUUGCCAGAGAGAAACGCGUCAGGGACGCUGCCACGCGGAUCCAGGCUUGGUGGCGAGGAGUGAUGGUGCGAUGUGGACUGGGACAGUUCCGAUCACUGCGCACUCUCAAGAAAUCUGCUAAAGGGAAGAAAAAAUAA